AUGCCGGAUGUGCCUCCCGUGGAGAACUUUCCCGUGCGUCAGUGGUCCAUUGAAGUUGUUCUUUUGGAUGAAGAAAAUAAAGAAGUCCCCGCGACAAUCUUUGAAAAAGUUAUAUACCAUCUGCAUCCCACUUUUGCCAAUCCUAAUAGAACCUUCAUGGAAUUGCCCUUCAGGAUAGUGGAACAAGGUUGGGGUGGGUUCCCCCUUGACAUCAGCGUCUUUUUCCUUGAAAAGGCUGGGGAGAGAAAGAUCCCACACGAUUUGAAUUUCUUGCAAGAGGAGUACGAGGUGGACCACGUUAUCCAGGUUCCUUUGAACAAGCCGCUAUUGACCGCGGAACUCGAGAAAAGCGGGAGCAUAGAGGAUACGAGCACCAAAAGGAAAGCUUUGAUAAGUAACGGCGCGGAACCAAAGGCCAAAAAGGCCAGAACGGGAAGCGCGUCGACCAUCAAGGGUAACGUCGAUUUGGAGAAGCUUGCUGUUGGUAUGACCAAGCUUAGCGAGGACGAUUUGGUCGGGAUCGUACAGAUGAUAACGGAUAAUAACACACCAGAGAUGAACGUGACCAAUAAUGUUGAAGAGGGAGAGUUCAUCAUCGAUCUUUAUAGCCUCCCGGACGGGUUGUUGAAGAGUUUAUGGGACUACGUCAAGAAGAAUACCGAAUGA